AUGUAUGCUUCGGAUCCGGAUUUCCAAUUUUAUAAAUCGGGAGUGUACUCGUCUGAUACCUGUAACGGAGGCCUUGAUCACGCUGUUGUGGCGGUUGGUUAUGGAAACGAAAAUGGAGAGGAUUACUUCAUCGGCAGAAAUUCUUGGGGAACGUCCUGGGGUCAAGAUGGGUACUUUUACUUGAAGCGAGGAGUUCCCGGUUACG